UACGAGUGAUGAUCCAUUAAUGGCUCUCCAACUUGCUUUCCAUGGAGAAGUUCAAGAUCAUCAUGCUGAAGAUAACCAUCAAGAUGACCUUCUCAUGCCCGGCUUUCGCUUUCAUCCUACCGAUGAAGAGCUCAUCGACUUCUAUCUUCGCCGAAAGCUUGAAGGAAAGAGCUUCAUCAUCGACUUCAUUCCUUUCAUCAAUCUUUAUAGCUAUGAUCCUUGGGACCUCCCUGCAUGGGGCAUAAUUGGAGACAAGGAAUGGUACUUUUAUGUUCCAAGAGACCGAAAAUAUCGAAGUGGUGAUCGACCAAAUAGAGUGACAAACUCAGGUUAUUGGAAGGCCACUGGAGCUGAUCGAAAAAUCAAAGCGGAGAAUUCUCGGGAAAUCGGUCUAAAAAGGACUCUUGUCUUCUACACCGGCAAGGCCCCGAAAGGCUCUCGUACUAGUUGGAUCAUGCAUGAGUAUCGGUUGCUAAAGAUCAAGACCGAUCAACUUCAUAAGGUUGAGCUUUCUCUUUGUCGAGUUUAUAAAAGAGCAGGUGAGAACUCACAAUGCUCUGAUACGGUGUCAACCAAAGUAUCCCAAUCUACCAGAAGUGCAUCAAGCAAAAGAUACAAACUGAGCUCAACAACAUUUGGAAGUUGUUCUUCAUCAUUAGAUUCAGAGAAGUUUGUUUGGCACAAGAACAACAACUUCAUUGAAGCAAGUACUACUACUACUACUUCUCAAGCUCCAUCAAUGGGUGAUAAUAUGACUCAUUUCUUCGAUUCUGAAAGCCGAAGUGAUCAUUGCAUUGAUGAACUUGGUAGCUUAGUAGGGUUCUAUAACCAAAGUUUGCCGAAAGGUGAAAUCAUUUAACUGAUAGUCUUGAAUGUUCUUACAUGUGAACAUGAAAUAAUGGAGUUAAGGUUGACAGAAGGCAUGUG